GUGGCAGGAUGAAGACAGUGCACAUCCUGCUGCUUGCUGCAGCUUUCAGCCUCCUUACUCGUAAAGGCACACAUGGAGAGGAAAUCAUCAAUGGCAAAAAAGCCAAGAAGAACUCACUGCAGUUCAUGGCAUCUGUACAGUAUGAAGGCAUGCACAAAUGUGGAGGAUUCCUCAUAAACCCCAGCUAUGUGCUCACUGCUGCCCACUGUGACAUUAGCGGCCUUAGUGUGGUCCUCGGGACUCACAACAUCGAUCCGAACAGAAAAGAUCUGAGAAGGUACACAGUGAAAAGUGUGCACAUUCAUCCAGCCUACAAAAAAAUAAUGAAUGGGGCUGACAUCAUGCUAUUGAAGCUUUCACAGAAAGUCAAUGUGAAUAAAGGUGUGAAGAUCAUCAAAUUCUCAAGCAAGGACAAACAAGUUAAGCCCAACAGCAAGUGCCAGGUCGCAGGAUGGGGAAGAACUGAAUCCCAGAACACGGUGAAUGACCUCCUGGUGGCUGAUGUAUCAACCAUAAAUAUCACAGUCUGUAAGAUGGAGUGGAAUAAAGUGAAUGUUGGUCUCCCAAAUAACGUUCUGUGUGCAGGAGGCUACAAAACUAAAAGCGGAGCAUGCCAGGGUGAUUCUGGUGGGCCUCUGGUGUGCAACGGUGUGGCAGUGGGCAUUGUUUCAUUCAAUUUGAACAGAAAUUGUAACUAUCCAAAUGUGCCUAAUAUCUACACUGAGAUUUCAGCUUACACUGACUGGAUUAACAAAGUGAUCAAAGGAAAUGCUUAGGGAGUAUGUUCAUGUAUCACUCAACUUGAUAUCAUGUGAUUGCUCCAGAAUUUCUCAUUUGCAAUAAAGAUUCAGAGG